AUGUCGUCUUUUAAUUUUCAUCUCCUCUGUCUAAUAUAUCUAUCCAUCAAACUAUUUUUUCUUUCGUUAUUACUCAUUCCGUACAUUAUCUAUCUAUCUAUCUAUCUAUCUAUCUAUCUAUCUAUCUAUCUAUCUAUCUAUCUAUCUAUUUCAGUCUCUUCAAUAUCUAUCUAUCUAUCUAUCUAUCUAUCUAUCUAUCUAUCUAUCUCUCAGUCUCUUCACCCUCUAUCUAUCUAUCUAUCUAUCUAUCUAUCUAUCUAUCUAUCUAUCUAUCUUCUCUUCAUAUAUAUCUAUCUAUCUUCUCUUCAUAUCUAUCUAUCUAUCUAUCUAUCUAUCUAUCUAUCUAUCUAUCUAUCUAUCUAUUUCAAAUUUCAUUCUCUGCCCAAGGUCCUUUCUUAUUUUCUCUUUGUAACUCUUUUUUACUCUCUCUCUCUCUCUACUUCAUAUCGCUCCUUUACCGUCUUUCUCUCUCUUUUAAUACUCCCCUCUCCUAUUUCUUUCUCUUUCUCGAUCAUAUCUCUUUUUUUCCUUUCUAUCUUUCUCUCUCUUUUAAUAUCUUCUUAUCUAACUUUUUCCUCCAUUCUUUCUCACUCUUUGUUUGUCUCUUUCUUUCUUUCUUUUUUCUUUCUUUCUUUCUUUCUUUCUUUCUUUCUUUCUUCCAUUUUUCUUCUUUCUUUCUUUCUUUCUUUCUUUUUUUCUUUCUGUCUUUGUAAUAUAUCCCUAUCUAGCUUUCUUAUUUUAUCUUUGUCACUAUUUUUUACUCUCUCUCUUUACUUCAUAUCGCUCCUUUUCCGUCUUUCUCUCUCUCUUAAUAUCCCCCUCUCCUACUUUCUUUCUCUCUCUCUCUCUCUCACUCUUUCUCUCUUUCGUUCAUAUCUUUUUUUUUCCUUUCUUUCUCUCUCUUUUAAUAUCUUCUUAUUUACCUUUUUCCUCCAUUCUUUCUCACUCUUUGUUUGUCUGUUUCUUUCUUUCUUUCCUUUUUUCUUUCUUUCUUUCUUUCAUCCAUUUUUCUUUCUUUCUUUCUUUCUUUUUUCUUUCUGUCUUUUUAAUAUAUCCCUAUCAAGCUUUCUUAUUUUCUCUUUGUCACUCUCUUUUACUCUCUCUCUCUCUCUACGUCAUACCGCUCUGUUCUGUCUUUCUCUCUCUUUUAAUAUCCCCCUCUCCUACAUUCUUUCUCUCUCUCUCACUCUUUCUCUCUCUCCUUUCUUCUCUCUUAAUCACUCUUUUCCAUCUCUCUCUCUCUCUCUCUCUCUCUCUCUUCAUAUCGUUCUUUUUCCAUCUUUCUCUUUUAAUAUCUCCCUCACUAUAAGUUUCCUACUUUCUUUCUCACUCUUUCUCUAUCUCUCGCUUCAUAUCUCUCUUUUUCUUUGUAUCUUUCUCCCUCUUUUAAUAUCUCUCGCUUUCUUCAUAUCUGUUUUUCUUUCCAUAUUAGUCUCUCCUUUAAUAUACGCUAUCUCUCUUUCUCGUUUUUUCUUCUGCUCGCUUUUUAUAUCACUCUUUCCAUCUUUCUUUUUCUUUCUCUCUUUCUCUGUUUUUUCAUCGCCCGGUGUAACUUCUGUAUUUCUCGAUCUAUUUUCACUCCCUCUCUCUAUCUUUUUUCAAAUCGCUCUUUUUCCAAACAUUCUACCUUUUUUUUUAAUAUCUCCCUAUUCAAAUGUCUCAUUUUUCUCUCUCUCUCUCUUUAUUAAUAUUCUUUUUCUUUUCUUUCUCUUCUCUUUUCAUUCUUUCUCUUUUACAAUACCCACACUUUCUUCUUUCCAUCUCUCUCUCUCUCUUAAUAUCUCCCUAUCUAAUAUUCUCCUUCUUUCUUUCUCCCUCUCUCUCUCUCUCAUUGUUAUUAUCACUUUUUUCUUUCUAUCAUUCUCUCUCUUUUCCUGCACUCUCUUUCUUCUUUCCAUUUUUCUCACUCUCUCUCUAUCUGUCUCUCACUUCUCAUCCCUUUUUUCUUUCCAUCAUUCUCUCUCUUUUUCUAUACCCUCUCUUUCUUCUUUCCAUUUCUCUCUUUCUCUUAUAAUAUCACCCUUCUAUAUUACUCGAUUCCUUUCUCUCUUUCUUCCUCUGUCCCUUCGUAUCUCUCUUUUCUCCGAUCUUUCUCCCUCUUUUAAUAUAUCCCUAUCUGACUUUCUCCUUUUCUUUCUCUCUCUUUCGCUCUUAUAUUUUCUUUCUAUUAAUCUCUGUCUCCUUUCUUCCUUUCCACUUCUUCCCGUCCCUAUCUCUCUUUUUUCUUUUCAUUUUUUUCGCUAUUUUAAUAUAUUCUUAUCGUUCUUUUUCUAUUUCUCCCGGUCUUUUUCCACAUUUCUCUCUCUUUUAAUAUCUUUCUAUCAUUCUCCUUCUUAUCUUCUCUUUCUAUUUCUUUAUACACCUUUUUUCUUUCCACCACUCUCUCUCUUUUAUUAUCCCCACUCUCUUUCGCCUUUCUAUGUUUCUCUCUCUUAUAACAUCUCCCUAUCUAACAUUCUCCUACAUUUUUUCUCCUUCAGACUCUCACUUUCUUCAUUUUAUCAUCCCUAUUUCUCACUCUUUAUCUUUCUUAAUAUCUCUCUUUUUUCCAUCAUUCUCCCUCUUUUACUUUACUCUCUCUUUCUUCUUUCAUUCCAUCAUUCUCUCUCUUUACUUUAUUCUCUCUUUCUUCUUUCUUUCCAUCAUUCUCUCUCUUUAACUUUACUCUCUCUUUCUUCUUUCUUUCCAUCAUUCUCUCUCUUUAACUUUACUCUCUCAUUCUUCUUUCUUUCCAUCAUUCUCGCUCUUUUACUUUACUCUCUCUUUCUUCUUUCUUUCCAUCAUUCUCUCUCUUUAACUUUACUCUCUCUUUCUUCUUUAUUUCCAUCAUUCUCUCUCUUUUACUUUACUCUCUCUUUCUUCUUUCUUUCCAUCAUUCUCUGUCUUUAA